CGCAUUUUGCAUGCAUAUAAAAGCAUUUUGUGACCCAAAACAUUAUGUCAAUUCAAUACGAUUCCUCGAGCGCACCACAUAAAGCACCGUUAAAGCUUAAAACAACAGAUUACAACUAAUAUAAUAAAUAAUAAAAAACACAACGAAAUGCAUUGGCUAUUUGUGAUCGCCUGCAGCCUCGCCAUGGCUAUGGCUAUGCCGGAGCCACCAGCCGCCCGCUAUGGACCACCACCAGUGCCACAAAAGCAGUACGGUCCACCACCAGCAGCGCCAGCGGAACAAUACGGGCCACCACCCACACAGCCACCACAACCACUACCAGUUUAUGGUCCACCAGCACCAUUCUACGGUCCACCAGCACCUGAGACAAUCGUCACCAAGAACGUAUACGUACAUGUGCCACCAGAGGAGCCAGAAGUCUUCCAGUCAGCGGAGCCCAUACAAACCGCCGUGCCCAAGAAGCAUUACAAGAUCAUUUUCAUUAAAGCACCAAAUCCACCAGCACCGGUACAACAGGUAUUGCCACCACCGGUGCAGGAUGAACACAAGACUCUCGUUUAUGUGUUGGUGAAGAAACCAGAGGAACAACAGCCACUUAUAUUGCCAUCACCAGCACCAACUGAGCCCAGCAAACCAGAAGUUUACUUUAUCAAAUACAAGCAACAACAAAAGCCAGCUUCACAAUAUGGACCACCACCGGCACCAGCCGUCGAGUAUGGUCCACCAGCGGCGGAGAAAUUCUAAACUAACAACUUAGUGCCUUAGUUAGUGUGCAUGACGUGGCGCUACUAUCCGUGCGCUCGCUAUUGUAAAUAGUUUUCAUCAAUCCUCCAACAAGUACUUAGUGCUUUGAAUUAGUACAAUUUUAAAUACAUUCCGCUAGACGGUGUAGAUACAUACAUAUAUAUAUAUAUAUUAUGUAUUAAGCUUCUUAUUACAGACGAACUUACUUUUAUAAUUCAUUAUUUGUUGAUUUUUGUUAAUUUUUUGUUUUGUUGUACUAAAUGUCGCAUUAAAUUAU